AUGUUCGAGCUCGUCCAAGCGCUGAACGAGGGCGCAGAGGCUCUUCGAAAGCAGUUCACGAAUUCCAUCAGUAUCAAUGCGGGCUGUGAACUUUUCAUAGCCUUUGUGACACUCUUCCCGCAUGAGUCUGCGAGCUUCAAGGAUUUGAAAAUAGAGCUAGUCAAACAAGGAAGACAGUAUGCAAGGGAAGCAAUGUCCUACCGGGAAAAGAUUGCGAUGCUCGCGCUAGGGUUUAUCAAAGACGGUUCCGUCAUUCUGACUCACUCAUAUUCUCGAGUAGUAAUGGAGGCUCUUCUUCUCGCUCAUAGACAAAAAAGGAUAUCUGUUUACGUUACAGAGGCGAGACCACGCGGAAUGGGGAUUAGGACCCAGGAAGCUCUCACUGCCGCCGGAAUCCCUUGCACAGUCAUUCUGGACUCUGCCGUUGCAUAUGUGAUGGACAAAAUAGACCUUGUCCUCGUAGGCUCGGAGGCCGUGGUCGAAAGCGGUGGACUAAUCAAUGCUGUGGGGAGCAAUCAGAUGGCAAUCAUUGCUAAGGCCGCAAACAAACCCGUAUAUGCAAUGGCGGAGAGCUAUAAAUUCCAUCGGCUCUUUCCUCUUUCGCAAUACGAUUUACCGACGCAUACACCCGACAUUUUGUCAUUUCCCCGCCAGCCUACACGUCCUACGAGCAGCACAGUUGCUCGGCCGUCAGUUAUCAAUCCUGCGCCUGUCUCCCCGACACGGCCUGCGCUGCCGGCUCAGUCGUCCUCCCAUUCACUGUCGGCAUCGGAAUAUGCAAUGAGUCCGGAACAGAUUCGACUUAAUCCGGAAGUAGAUUACACAAGACCAGAUCUGAUUUCUUUGGUGUUUUCUGACGUCGGUAUUCUAACACCCGAGGGAGUCAGCCAGUACUUGGUGGGAAUGUUUGCGGGAUAG